CAUACAAUUUAUUAUUUUCUAAAUGUUUGAGUAGAAUUUGUGACCUAUAAUGAAAGAAAGCGUUAUUAAAUCUUAGUCAAAGCCAUUGUUAUACGUGGAUACUUUUAUAACUUUUUAAAAAAUUUCUUCCCUGUCUCUUUAUCAUUUAAUAUUGUAUAGUAAUGGAAAUAACAAGAAUGAAUAUCUUACCAGCAAAUAUGAGAUAAUAUAAAAGGUAGCUGUUAAAUGAAUGGGCUGAUCCUUCAUUACCUUCUUCCCUGGUUUCUAUUGGAGCAGGUAACUAGUGAAGCUAGUGGUGAUGAAUUCAGAAAAGAACUAGGAGAACGGAAGCUUAAGUAUGACGAGACACUUAAUCAUUACGUCAUCCAAAUAGAGAAAAAUCAGACAGCUAUUCUUGAGUGCACGUCCCCAGAGUCAGCUACCACGCUGACUAAAGAGGAGAACAGAUCAGAGCCCUGCAUACCUGAGAGGGAUGUCAUAUACGAGAGGGACGUCGGGGACAUCACCAUCUCUUGUCUAAUGGAAGCUCACUACAGUCAUACUGUACAAUGGUUCAGCUGUUACUUGAAGGCCUUUCCUAACUCUAAGACUGUUAUCAUUAUAGCUGUUGUCCCUGCAAUAGAAGAUAACUCAAAAGAAGUGAGGCCGAUAUUUGGCAGUAACUUAACCCUCAUGUCGGAUGAAGACCUCUCUUGGUGGUGCCUCUCAGAACACACUCCCAUUUAUAAACCCUCCGCGGGCCAUCUUCUCUAUUUCAAGUGGUUCCACACAGAGAGCGAGCGUCGUGGUAACCAUAACUCAAGGCCGAUGACAAAAGUUAAAAAGCUUGAGUUGUGGAAAAUGGAAAUAAACACAACUUUCAGCUGCAAUGGUUCCGAAUACAUGGUAGAUGCAGAGUUUCAUUGCUUUGGGAAGCUCCCUACUGGACUCCCUUCCAUCCAGCACUGCCACGACUGGGGCAAAGCAAUGGUUAUACUUUUAGAGGUGCUGUUAUAUGUCUGUCUCUAUGCUACCUUGGUCAUUUUCUAUAAAUCAGUCGGGACAUUAAGGCGGGUUAUGAGGCGUAUCAGGAGAACAGCUCGCGACGCGGAUUACACUAAAAACCGCCUUUUAAUCCUACCUCGAUGUAAAGGAAGGCCCUACACAGGGAUUGACAAUCUAGGAAAACUGAUUAUUAAGCUAGAACAGCCUGCAGAACCAGCAAAAUGUGAUCAUAGUGCAGGUCGGUUCAAGGACCUAAUAUCUGCUGUUUAGCAGUUAAUACAUUGUCACAUUUACAGCAGCUGGUGACCGCUACAAGGAAGACAACUUAUCCACCCUCAAAC